AUGGCAGGGGCCGUCUCGUCCCACUGCUGGUCCCUGAACGGGACUCCCAGUGCCUCUGGCGAGCCGUCAUCGUGCCGCCGAGAACUCCUGGCCAGGGCAGCGUCGGCAGGAUCCAUGCCCGGUCCGGAGGCAGCUCUGUCCUGGCAGGCUGGACUGCGAAGGCUCAGCUCCUUUAACGCUCAGCUCAAGCACCACUUCUUGCAUGAGACCUUUCCUGAUUCAGUCACUUCUUCAAGUUUCAUUUGCCAUGAUCCCCCUAAUGACUCCCUACCCUAUUCUGUGUGGCGUUUACAUUUCUUCAUCUGUGUUCGAGUUCUUCACCAGCCAGCCAACAAGAACACUAAGCCCCAGGAUCCAACGCAAAAGCUACAGGCUUGCCCUCGAGUAGCUUACAUUCCACUGCAGGAGACAGAGCUCGGGCUCUGGACACCCCCGUCCUGCGGCCCGUCUGUAGCUCGGCACACCCCAGAGGACAGCAAGAUGAAACAGAGCCUGAGCUGCUCCUGGUCACUUCUGCUGAUAGCCCUGAGGACUGUGGGACUGCCAGCCUAUGGGAAGAAAGGCAUCAAGUGUGGCGGAGUGCUCUCGGGGCCUUCAGGCAACUUCUCCAGCCCCAACUUCCCAGGGCUCUACCCCUAUGACACGGAGUGCAGCUGGCUCAUCGUGGUGGCCGAGGGCAGCUCCAUCCUGCUCACCUUCCAUGCCUUUGACUUGGAGUACCACGACCACUGUGGCUACGACUAUCUGAAAAUCUACAAUGGGGCCGCCAGUGAUGAGAGCAACCUCCUGGGCCAGUUCUGUGGCCAGAGCCGCCCACCCCCCUUCACAUCCUCCUGGCACAUCAUGUCCGUCGUCUUCCACUCGGAUAAGCACGUGGCCAGCUGGGGCUUCUCUGCAGGCUACCGGAAAGACAGCUGUGGCGGUGUCCUCACUGGCCUCUCGGGAGUGAUCACCAGCCCCGAGUACCCCAGCAGCUACCCCAACAACGCGGAAUGCCACUGGGUCAUCAGGGCCUCUGGGUCUUCCAGCAUCAAGCUGGUGUUUGCCGACUUCCAGGUGGAGAGCAACAGAGCCUGCAACUACGACUACGUGGCGGUCAUCGAGGGGCCGGGCCCGGCCGGGGGCAGCCACUACUGCGGCAGCACCAAGCCGCCCGACCUGGUGUCUGCGGGCCGCGAGGUCCAGGUGGUGUUCAAGUCCGACUUCAACAUCGCCGGCCGAGGCUUCAAGGCCUUCUACUUCUCAGGGGAAUGCCAAGAGGUUUACAUGGCCGUGAAGGGCAACUUCUAGCCUCAGUACCCCGGCUCGUACCCCAACAACCUCCGGUGCCACUGGACCAUCCAGAUGCCUCCAGGCUACCGGGUCAAGGUCUUUUUUGAUUUGGACCUGGAGGAGAGAAACCUGCUGAGCAGCAGCUGCGACUUCGACUACCCAGCCUUCGACGGAGCCAGUGAGGCCGCGUCCCUGCUGGGGAAGUGGUGUGGCCGGGAGAUGCCGGCGCCCAUCAUGUCCAGCCACAACCAGCUUCUGCUCGUCCUGCACACGGACCGCAACACCGCCCAACGGGGCUUCUCUGUAGCCUACAUCGGAGUGGUCCCCAUGAAUAUCAGCUGCACCCGCACCGACUUCCAGAUCCAAAUAGCCAUUCGGUCUCUGGCACAGCUGGAUCGGAGCCAGAUCUACCUGGGAAGUCGGAGCUGCCCAGCACAGGUGGUUGGCGACCACUUCAAAAUCCAGGCCCGGUUUGAUACUUGUGGCACCGAGUCCCAGAGGAGGAACAACACGUCAGUGAUCGUCAGCGUCCUGUACAUCGACUUCUCUGGAGUGAUGGGACAGGAAGACAUCCAUGAGUACGAGCUCCGCUGUGAGCCCCGGAAGAAGGAGGCCUCGGUGCACUUGCUGUCCGGCUCCCGAUGGCUCGGCCCCUAUGGCGGGGCUGAGCACCUGCUAGAAGCCCCGCCGCAGGCUGAGGCCAAGGAAGGUGGCCAGCCGGAGCCUGGGCUGACCCAGGACACCAGCGACAUCGUCUUCCUGGCCAUUUGCAUCCUGGCGGGCGUGCUCAUGAUCAUCGCUAUCGUGGGGCUGGUGCUGUUGUGAGGGUGCAGGGAAAGGGGACAAAGGAGGCUGCCGAUCCAUGGGGUUGGCCACCGAGAGGGCAGCAGCACAUUAGGACGGGCACAUCCUUAGGACUCGGCGUGUUCUGAUGUCAGAGCCGGGAGGCCCUUAGAGCAGAGGCUGUCCCAGCUGGGAAGGGCCGUAGAGGGGGAGAGAACUUAAAGCAGAACAUCAGAACGGGAAGAAAUCUUAGAACAAAGACGUUUCCAUCUAGGAGGGAGCUGAGAGCACAGAAUGAGGCAGGACCUUAGGACAGAGGACCAGGUACAAGAGGGUCCUCAGAACCCAAUUUAAUUCACUUCUGGUUGACCAACCACGCUGGGCCCCAGGAUCCAGAGAGCAGAAGAGCCUUGGCCUCGGGGCGCUCGUUCUUGUAGGUGGAUAGCACAGGGCUGCAGAAAACAGGUUCAUGUGGACUCAAGGGCUGGGGUCCCGCCUGGCUCCACCUCUCCUGACCUCCAGGACAAUGGACAAUCUCCACGCUCUUACUGAGAAAGGAAGCAGUCUAUCCAUUAUUCAUGUGACGUCAGAUGACAUAAAAUUAAAAAGGUUUUCAACAAAGCCAACAUAACUCAAAUUAAAAAGGGAAACAUAAUGGGGAGGGGGCGGGAAUCUUUGCAGCAAUUUCUCUGUUUGGGGCCUCGUUUCCAAGAUUUAAGGUACUGAUUCAAAUUCACAAGACUAAGCGCCAUUCCCCAUUCCCAACGGAUAGUCAAAGGAUAACAACAGGCAGUUUUCCAAGGAAAAAAUCCAAGGUAUCAAUGACCAUCUAAAAGUGCUGCAAAUCACUAAGAAUUAGAGAAAAGAAGAGAAAUGAAAAUUAAAGUAAUUCUGAGAUUCCAUCUCAUAUCCGUCAAAACUGACAAAAAUAGAAAAUAGCAAAUGCUGGAGGGGCUGUGGAACAACAGGCCUAUCUGGGCACUGUUGACGGAACUAUUAGUCCUAUCAUUCUAGAAAGAAAUCUGGAACUACAUCCAGAAUGUUGCCAGAUUGUGCACUUGAUCUAGGGAGACCCAAGUCUCAAAGAGAUCAAAGAAAGAUGGAAAGAACCCACAGGGGCAAAGAUAUUUCUAGCAAUUCUUUCUGUGGGGGUAAACAACUAGUAGCUAAAUGGAUACCCAUUGCUUGGAGAAUGAACAAAUUAUGGCGUAGAAAUGUAAUGAAGUCAGGGUGGUGCAGUUGACCAUCUGGCAAGAGGCACUUAAAAUUUUCAGCCUAAUCAUUUUGCACCUCAGAAAUCAGCAAACAUGCAAAUGGGGCUGGGCUUUAUUUGGAUUGUUGUCUAGGCUUAUGCAAGUGAUGCAGAAAAUGUUAAUAAUGCUGGUUAAAUUGGAAAAUAUGUGGGUUGUUAAACAUGUACCAAGACUGAAUGGAAUAUUCCUGAGUGAAAUACGGUUGGGCAUUAAGAAGUGAUCAAUUGGAUUGUUUCAGAGAACCCUGGGAAGAUUUCUACCGACUGAUACAAAGUGAAGUGAGCAAAACCAGAAGAACAAUUUACACAAUGAUAACAACAUGACCAAAACAAGCAACUUGGAAAAUUUUCAGAAUUCUGAUCAAUGCAAUGACUAUUAUUCCAGAGGACCCGUAGAGGAUCACUUGGUACAGAAUGAAAUAUAUAUUUUUGACAUGGCCAAUAUUGGAAUCUAUUUUGCUUGACUAUGCAUAUUUGUUGCAAAGAUUUGCUUUUGUUUUUCACUGGGAGCAAACAUGAGAGGGAAAGAAAAUAGAUUUUGGUUAAUAAAAAUAUUAAAUUAAAAAGAGGUGAUUGGACCGGAUAA